AUGUCAUCUCAUACUGGAGUUGUUUUAUCCUUAAAUUCGGGAUUUGAAACAAAACUACGAAGGAAAAGUUAUAAUCCAAUUGCAAAACUUGGAGGUGGGUCACCAUCAAUUUCAAGUGAAGAAAUUGACUCAAUAAAACGACCACCAUCACAAUCAUUUAUUAUAUAUGGGUCUCAACAUAGAGAACAAUCACCAAAUGACUUUACAUCGUUACUUUCACCACGUCAAAAUGAUCCACAUAAAUAUAAAAAGAAAAAGGGUUUAUUUCAAAUUGGGUUAAAUAAACUUGGUUUAAAAGAUAGAACCUUUAACGAAUUACCAUGUGUUGUACAUGAAAUACUUCUAUUUUUAUAUCAUUCAUUAUUAUUUGAAAAUAAAUAUUUUGAAGAUAAACCAAUAAGUUAUUUUAAACUUAGAUUUGAAGCGUCACGUAUUGUAGUAAAAGAAAAUAGUCAAUUAAUGAUAAGUCAAAUAGAUAAAAUGAGUAUUGAAGAUUUACUAAAGAAAGGGUUUACAAUGAAUGAUAGUUAUUUAUUAAAACAAAAAGCUCAAAGUGAAGAUCGAUGUCAUUUCUUUUAUAACAUGAAUUUAAAUAAUGGAAUUACUAAUGAAGAAUAUGUUACAUUAAAUCAUUUAGUACGACGUUAUAAUAAUGAAACAAAACCUAAUUUAUAUAAAGAGGUUGAUGUAAAAAUGGGAUUUUUAUUAUUAAAGAAUUAUUUAUUAAAUUUACCAGUACCAUUACUUAGUAGUAAUGUAUUAAAUAAAUUAGAUAUGAUAUUAAUGAUGAAAGAUAAAAUAAAUAAAGAUAAAAUGGCAUUAUUAUUUAUUGAAGAAAUUAAAACAUCAAUUUUAGAACAUUUAAAUGGAGAAAAUGAAUGUAGACUUGAAAUAAUAAAAGAAAUUAUUUUAUUUAUUAAAUUUGUUUGUCAAAAACAUAAUAUAAUUAAAGAAGAAAAAGAAUCAAUGUAUCUUUGUUAUUUUAAUGCAAUGUUACAAAAUAAUUUCUUUAGAAAAGAAUAUAUUGAUAUAAUAGAACAAAUAUGCUCUAAUGAAAUUUAUUCAAAAGAAAUUAAUGAUGUUUAUCAAUUUGAUGGAGAAUUUAUUAUAAAAAAAUAUUGUAAUGUUUUAUUUGCACCUUAUAUUAUUCCUAAUGAUGUAGGAUUUGAUAAUACAAAUGUAAUAAAUGGAAAUUUAUUUAUUACUACACAAAGAAUUGUUUUUAUAAGUAAAGAAGAAAUUGAUGUAUCAAAAUUUUUUAUUGUUAAACAAUUAGGAACUACUUUUUUAUUUAAUAUUAAUUCAAUACAAAUUAUUAAAAAAGAAUCAUGUCAUUAUUUACGUUUAUAUCGUAAGGAUUUGAAAAUAAUAACAUUUAAAUUAAAUGGUGAAACUGAUAAUUAUGAAAUGAUUAUUAAUGACUUAAAAACAAAUUAUCAAUGUAUUAAUGAAACUGAUUUUAUUCCUUUAAAUCUUUAUCAAAUUUGUUCAACUAAUAAAAUUAUUUCUUUUGAUUGUCAAAGACUUGGAAUAAAAGAAAGUGUUGAAUUUGAUGUAAAUUAUAUUCCUAAAUUUCCUACUUUUAAUUGUGAAAUUAAGUCUAUUAGUGGACUUAAACCAAUUAUUAUUUAUCAAAAUGAAUUUAAUUCUAAAUUAUUAAGAUUUCCAAUUGGAAUAAAUGAUACAAAUGAAAGUAUAAAUACAACUACUUUUACAUUAUAUGAAUCUGGUAUUACUAUUCUUCCAAUAAAAUGUGAAUUAAAACCAAAAAAUGUUAUUGAGAAAUGUUUUAAGAAAAUUCAAGAUAUUGUACCAAAUGUUAAUUUUGAUUUAAAUAAAAAUAUUUCAAUAUAUAAUGAUGCUACUAUUGAAUUUUCUGGAUUUAUUAAAGAUACUUUAAUUGUUGUUAAGAAUGUUGUUAAAGAAAUGCAAAGAAGUAAUUCUAUUUUAUUAUUACAACCAUAUAAUAUAAAUGAAAGAAUAAUAUCAUUAUUUUCUAUAUUAAUUGAAAUUGUUAUUGAUCCAUAUUAUAGAACAAUUGAUGGAUUUCUAUUUCUAUUUCAAAAAGAAUUACUUUCAGUGAAUUUUUUUGAAAAAAAUUCAUAUGAUAAUUCGAUUUAUUUUAUUUUAUUACUUUGUUCAUUAGAUAUUAUUAUUCAUGAAAAUUCACUUUCAUUUGAAUUUGAUGAUCAUUUAAUACGAUUCUUAUUUUGUUCAUAUUUAUCUAAUAGAUUCUCUGAAUUUAAUGAAAAAAUAAUUGAUUCUAGAAAUUCUAUUAUUCGAUAUAUCUUAGUUUAUAAGUCUUAUUUCUUUAAUAUUUCUUAUAAACCAAAUGAACUUUCUAUGUAUUUAGUUAUUCCUGAAUGUCCAUGUUGUAUUCUCUUUGAUGAAUGGAUGAAUUUUAAUAAAGAAGCAGUAUGUUUAUACACAACUAAAACAAUGACAACAAAAAAUACAAAUAUGAAUUUAGUUGAUUUUCCACCAAUUCCACUCUCUUUAAAUAUACUCUCAACAAUCUCAAUUAUUAAUCUUAACAAUAAUCGUUUAAAAGAAUUUCCUUUAGCAUUAUGUCAAUUAUCUCAUCUAAAAGAGAUUAGACUUAAUGAUAACUCAUUAUUUUGGAUAACACCUCUUAUUUCUGAAUUAUCUAAUUUAACUUUUUUGGGACUAGCUAACAAUAAACUAACUCAAUUACCAGACCUUUCUAAUAUUCCUCUUAGAAAGUUAGAUAUUUCAUCAAAUUGUUUUCCCAAAGAAUUUAAUUUUGAAGUUGGAAAUGAUCUUGAACUUUUAAAAGCAGCUGAGUUGAAUAAUUAUCCAGCUGUUUUAAGAGAUCUUCCGUGUUUAACUUCAUUAGAUUGUUCUAAAUGUCAUUUUGAUAUCUCAGAUAUUAUCUCAAGACCACCAAUUAAUUUACAAGAACUUAUUAUUAGUGGGUGUCAUCUUCCUAUUAUUCCAGAAGAAAUUACUCAAUUGUCAAUCACAAAACUUGAUGUUUCUGAUAAUUCAAUUAAUAAAAUGAAUUAUUCAUUCUUUACGAUGACUAACCUACGGGUUUUGAAUUUAUCUCAAAAUCAUACUAAUGGUAAAAAUGCAUUAUUUAAAACAAUGAAGUCACUUACAGUUAUUUGUAAUAAUGUAAAAACAAAAAAGUAUAGAAAGUCAAUUCUUAGUCCAAAUACUAUUUGGACAGGAAAAGAUAUUAAUGGAGUGUAUGAAGAAACUCAGAUUCAACAAUUAGAAAAAAUUAUUAUUACAGGCGAUGAAUUUAGAAAAGAAGUUUUUUCCUAUCUCCAAAGAAAAAUGGGGAAAGAAGGAACAGUUCAAACAAUUAAUGACUGUUCAUUUAUUUUUGAGUCAAAAGAACAAAAGAAAAAGAAAAAUAAAAUUGAUAGAAUUUCUGUUGUCUGUAUGUCAGUUAAUCAAAUGAAAGAAAGAAUUUGGAAAUUACAUCGGUCUGUAUUUGUGAUUUGCAAAAACGAAAAAAAUGGAAAUGAAAUUGAUGAGAUAUUUGAGAUUUUAAGUAGUUUAAAGAAACCUAUUACUGGACAUGUAGUCUUUGGAACUGAAAUGAAUGCUAAAGUAUUAAGUAAAUAUAAUAAAGAAAUAUUUACACUUGAUUUACAUUUCUAUACUAUAGAAAAGAAAUCAAAAAAAUGUCCAACUUUAGUUAAUAAAAUUAUGAAACAAAUUAUAAAAUUUAAUGAAAUUAAUGAAACAAUUGAAGAAGAAAGUGGAAAAUUAGUUAAAGAAUUAGAAGGAUUAACAAUACCAGGAUUUUGUUUAACGAUUGGGAAAAUUAAAGAAGUUAUGUGUUGUUUAGAAUUAAGUCAAAUUGAUAUGGUAUUAGAAUUUCUUAUUAAAAAUGGAUAUUUUCUUACUAAUGAAGAUUUAAUUCAUUAUAAUAUUGAAGAAUUAUUAAAAGAUGAAAAAGAAGUUGUUGUUGAUUGUGAAUUAUUUAAUUUAACAGAUAAAUUAUUGAAGAAAGGAAGUAGUAGAAAUGGAUUUAUUACAACAAGUGUAUUUGAGGUAUUAGGAAUAAAAGAUCAACACUUAGAAUUUAUUAUUUCAAUAUUAGAAAUGUAUGGAAUUAUUCUUCAAUGUACUGCUCAAACAUUUGCUAAUAUUGGUAUUAGUAAUGAAUUUAAUAAAGCUUAUAAUAGUUGUGUUGAUCAAACAAAGUAUAUUUCUAGUGAAUUAAUGAAUAAAGAAAACUCAUCAAAUGGAAGUUCAUUUGUACCAUUUUUAGUAACAGAAUUAAGAGAUAUUGAAGGGUUAUUGAUAUAUCCAUAUCAUGAAUUAGUUCAUAGUUAUGAAAAUAGUUCAUGGCCAUUACAACAUCAUAAAAAUGAAAAUGAAAUAGGAAGAAGUUUUAUUUUGAGUAAAUAUAAUGAUAAAAUCAUUAAUACUAUUCUUUGUAGUUUUAUGAUUAAAUAUGAAGUUCAUUGUUAUUGGAGAAAUGGUGCCAUUGUUGUUAUUGAAGAUACUGAUGGAAGUGGAAAAGGAUAUUUAAUGGUUUCUGUUGAUGAAAGUAAAAGGUCAGUUAAUAUAAGAAUAAGAUUUCUUGUUUCUAAUGAAAGAAUACCAUUUUAUAUUGCAAAAGUAAUAAAAAGUAAUAGAAUUUUAUUAGAAAAUAUAUUAGAUUGUUAUGAAUGUAAAAUAGAAAAACAACAAAUAAUGUGUCCUGAAUGUUUAAUGAAUGGAAAUAUUAAUUGUUUAACUGAAAGAGAAAUUAAUGAGUCUAUUGAAAAAUUUAAAUUUCAUGUUAAAAGUAGAGUUUGUAUUCAUACAAUUAAUACUGUAAGUUGUUCUCUUGAUAUGAUUAUUGAAACAUUACCAAAAAAAUAUCUUAAAUCAUUAAACGAAUAUGAUUUAAUUAAAGAUGUUGGUGUUGGUUCUAAUUCAAUUAUUUCAUUAUUUAAACAAAGAAAAACACAAGAAUUAAUUGUUGCAAAGAUUGGUAAAAUUGAUUUAAGUGAUAAUGGACUUGAUGAUUCUAAUACAUCAAUUAAUAUAUUUGCAAAUUUAGUUGAAGAAUAUUUAAGAGAAAUUUUCUUUAUUACAUUCCCUAAAAGUGAUUAUAUAGCUCAAAUCUAUGGUUAUUGUAUUAAUCCAUUAUUCGUUACUAUGGAAUAUUUUAAUGGUGGAAGUUUAUAUCAUUUAAUUAAUGAAACUUCAAUGGAAUUUACUAACACAUUAGUAUUAGAUAUAGCUAAACAAAUAGCUUUUGGAAUGAAUGAAAUUCAUUCUUAUAAAAUGCCAUUAAUUCACAGAGACCUGAAGUCUCCAAAUAUUCUCAUCAGAUUAAAUGAAGAUGGAUCAUUUAAAAAUUGUGCAUUAAGUGAUUUUGGUCAGACUGUUCCUGUCUCAGCUAAUAUAAAUGCGGUUGUUGAAUGCCCUUAUUGGCUUGCACCUGAAGUAAUUAAUGGAGAACCUUUCACACAAAAAAGUGAUGUAUUUUCUUAUGCAAUAAUUCUAUGGGAAUUAAAAAAUAAACAACCACCUUACAAAAGCUUCAAAUACUUCAGUGAUAUUAGAGAAAAAGUUAAAAAUGGAUGGAGACUCCCACUUGGUAAUUCAUUCAAAUUUUUAAAUGAAAUAAUCUCUCAAUGUUGGGAUCCAAUCCCUCAAAACCGUCCUUCAUUUAAACAAAUCGUAGAUAAAUUAAAUGGAAUUGUAAUUUAA